AUGCCUGCCCGUCCAUCAACUGCGUCUUCUAAUAAAGAUGAAACUGUUCGUGUAGUAGUACGUUGUCGUCCAAUUAGUGAUAGAGAACAAGAUGCUAAUUGUGAAAGAGUUAUUGAUAUAGAUGUAAAACGGCGUCAAGUAUCGGUUCGUCGUCCAAGAAAUGAUCUUAGAGAAAGUGAACGUAAUGAACCGCAUAAUUUUUUUUUCGAUGCUGUUUAUGAUUGGAAUUCAAAACAGACAGAUGUCUAUGAAGAAACUGUACGAACAUUAGUCGAUUCUGUCUUAAAUGGUUUUAAUGGUACAAUAUUUGCGUAUGGUCAGACAGGGACAGGAAAAACGUUUACAAUGGAAGGUGUUCGUUCUGUCAAAGAACUACGUGGCAUAAUACCAAAUUCAUUUGAGCAUAUUUUUGAUUCAAUUGCUCAUAGUACAUCAAGACAAUAUCUUGUUCGAGCAUCCUACUUGGAAAUUUAUAAUGAAAAUAUUCGAGAUUUACUUGCAAAAGAUCAAUCACAACGGUUAGAAUUGAAAGAGAGACCGGAUACAGGAAUUUAUGUUAAAGAUUUAUGUUCGUUUGUUACAAAAAAUAUUCAAGAAAUCGAACAUGCAAUGUCAACAGGAAAUAAAAAUCGUUCAACAGGUGCGACGAAUAUGAAUGAACAUAGUUCACGUUCGCAUGCGAUAUUUAUGAUUACAAUUGAAUGUUGUGAAACGGGUGCCGAUGGUAAACCACACAUUCGUGUUGGUAAACUGAAUCUUGUUGAUUUAGCCGGUAGUGAAAGACAAGCAAAGACUGGUUCUACUGGUGAUCGAUUCAAAGAGGCAACAAAAAUUAAUUUAUCAUUAAGUGUAUUGGGCAAUGUUAUCUCAUCAUUAGUCGAUGGAAAUCCUCAUAUACCUUAUCGUGAUUCAAAAUUAACACGUUUAUUACAAGAUUCACUUGGAGGAAACUCAAAAACAAUUAUGAUUGCCACAAUCGGUCCAGUAGAUUAUAAUUACGAAGAAUCACUUACAACACUCAGAUAUGCUAAUCGUGCAAAGAAUAUCAAAAAUCAACCGAGAAUAAAUGAAGAUCCGAAAGAUGCCUUGUUACGACAAUUUCAAGAAGAAAUUGCUCGUCUGAAAGCACAAUUAGAAGGCAAUGGUGGUGGAACGCGAAAAGGGGGUCGACGAAGAAGGAAACGCGCUGAUGGAACAGCUAUUGAUGAUGAUGAGAACGACGAUGUAGACGAUGAAGAAAUUUUCAUUAGAGAACAAAAAGAAAAACUCGAAGUCGAAAAACAACGAAUUAUCAAUGAUAAGAAUAUGAUUGAAUCUAAACGUUCUAAAAUGUUAGAACAAUUACAAGAACAUCAACAAGAAAUUGAAUAUGAACAAGAAGAACGAAAAAGAAUGCAAGCUAAAAUUCAAGAAAUGGAAAGUAAAUUAUUAACAGGUGGAAAAGAUAUUAUUGAACAUACAAGUGAACAAGAACGAAUGUUGGAACAAAAACGACGAAUGAUAGCUGAUGCUGAACGACGGGAUAGAGAAAUACAAGAACAAUUACAGCAACGUGAAGCAGAACAUUCAUCACUGAAUGAACAUUUUACAUCAAUACAGCAAGAAGUUGAAAUUAAACGUGCAAAUAAAGAAAAAUUAUCAAAAAAACUACAUAAAAUAGAACUAGAAAAACAAGACUUAUUAGAAUCACAUAAUGCUGCUCGUGAAGAACUUGAAGCUGAACAACGUGAAAUACAAAAAACGGCUAAAUUAUAUCAACUAAUUAUUGAAAAUUUUAUACCUAUAGAAGAACGAGAGAGAAUAAUAAAACGAAUGCAAUAUGAACCUAAAGAACGAUGUUGGGGAUUGAAAGAAUUAUCAAAAAAAACGUAUAAUAUUUUUAUGGCUGCUCGACCACAAUCAGCAACUGGUGAUCGUCGUCCAAUAUCAGCCUAUUCACAGUCAAUAUCAGAAUUAUCUCGUUUUAAAGGUGAAAAUAUCAUUUUAUUACAAUUAGAUUUUCCUAGUCGUACAACUCGUGAUUAUGAGGGCCCUAUGGUAUCACCUGCUAUACAAGCAGCUAUUGAAAAAGCUAUGGAAAAUGAAGAAAACAUUGAUAUUGAUGCCAAGAAACUGGUGCCACAACAGCAUCAACAACAAACAUCACUCUCAAAUUAUGAUUACUAUCCAUCUGAAAUGAAUCGAAAUGGUAGACCAACAACUGCUUCACGUGAUUUACAUUCAGGCUUGAAUAGUGCCAGACGAAAUUAA